CACGAAGCGAGGAUGGUGUGAAUCGUGCACGGGUUAUCGAAUACGUCGAUUGGGAGGAAAAAAAAAAUUCGAAAGCCGGAGAAAAGGAUCGGGAAAGAGAAAUAUGCAUUUGUACAUAUAUAAAUGUAUAUAAGGCGCUUUCGAUCGGCGGUUCCCCUUUUCUCGGCACUUUGCGUUUCUCCGCGAACGCGAGAGUUACCUUGUGAAGACCGGGAAAUGUGCGAAUACGGUAUAAAUUGUACGCCACCGGCUAUAGAAGAUUUUCCACACGACCUGUUUGAUGAGGAGCAAAGACAAGGCGGUGCCGUUGUCGUACACGUCGUCGUAUCGCUUUACUUAUUUAUCGCUUUAGCAGUAGUAUGCGAUAAAUUCUUCGUACCUGCUGUAGAAAAAAUAUGUCACGCACUCUCCAUGUCAAAAGACGUAGCCGGCGCGACGUUUAUGGCGGCGGCGACGUCGGCCCCAGAAUUAUUCGUGAAUGCCAUCGGAACAUUCAUCACGGAAGGUGACAUUGGCGUCGGGACGAUAGUAGGUUCCGCAGUAUUCAACAUCCUGGCUGUCCCAGCCUGCUGCGGUAUCGGUGCGGGAAUGCAGGUGGUGCCACUGGAUUGGUGGCCUGUCAGCAGAGAUUGCCUUGCUUACGGUGUCACCGUCGCCAUUUUAAUAUGCAUUAUACACGACGAACGGGUGGAGUGGUACGAGGCAUUAACGUUGGUGCUCUUGUAUAUUGUUUAUAUCGCCGUGAUGUAUUGGGACAAAUCGUUCCAGCGGUGUACGAGAUUCCGUACGAACGACGAUCAGAUAUCUUCUGACGGCCGACGAGUUACGACAGAUUCCAGCGACAUUCACUUACCAAGACCAGACAAAUUACAAUCACCCGGGGAUCAUGUGGAGCAAAUAGCCACUAUCGACGUUCCGCUACAAAAUGGCGGGACGAAAACGCAGGAAGAGAAUCCGGACCCUAAUUAUGAGUACGAACUGUUGGUGUGGCCGGCGCAUGCUGGAUGGUUAAGGAAAACCGCCUGGGUCACAACGUGGCCCAUUCAUCUUGUAUUCAUGUGCACAAUUCCCGACUGCGAGAAACCCCGAUUUAAGAAUUGGUUUCCCAUCACGUUCGUGAUGUGCAUCAUAUGGAUUGGAUCGCUCAGCUACGUCGUGGCGUGGAUGAUCACUAUAAUCGGUGACACGCUCAAAAUACCAGAUUCCGUAAUGGGUAUCACUUUUCUCGCGGCUGGAACCAGCGUGCCCGAAGCAGUAUCGAGUGUGAUUGUCGCAAAACAAGGACAUGGCUCGAUGGGCAUCAGUAAUUCGAUAGGAUCGAACACGUUCGAUAUAUUGCUAUGCCUCGGACUACCCUGGCUGAUCAAGUCGUCCUUCUCGCCCACGCAACCCGGCAGGCAUUACAUCAGUAUAAAUUCCGGCGGGCUGGAAUACAGCGCGAUAUCGUUGCUGUCGACCCUGAUGCUGCUGUACAUCGCGUUCGCCUCCAACAAGUUUCAGCUCGACAGAAAAGUCGGUCGCGCCUGUCUGUGCAUGUACGCCGUGUUCCUCAUAUUGGCGUCGCUGAUCGAGCUCAACGUAUUCUUCAUGGUAAAUCUCCCCACCUGCCAAAGGACGGUGAAAUGAUCAAGACACCCUCUGGACGAUGACCCGCCCGCAAUAAACGUCCGGGCGCGGCACCGCUCGCAAUCCGCGCCGGAAACCUUCUACCCCUUCGGACUUACCGAGAGAGACCCGCUCGUGCGAGGGGGUGUUUAUAUUUCCAGCUACACGGGACACCGUGUGUACAGUUUUAAUAUCAACAAUGUUAUCACCGUGUUUUAGAACCAUGGCAGUAAUGCAUUUUGUAUUUACUUACUGCUCUCUAAUGCCCUCUUGUCUUUUGUCGCUCUCUUUUUCUCUCUCUCUCUCUCUCUUUCUCUCCCUACUCUCUUCAUCGCAAAUCUCCAUGACAUUUUUGAGUAUAUUUAGUCGACAUUUCUUUCGUUCCAUCCCCGACAUACAUAUAUACAUUUUACGCUCAUCUCGAGUUUUUUCGCAAUUUUUUCCUUUCCUUUCUUCGCUUAUUUUUCUCUUAAAAAUACGAUUACUGUGCUUACGGCUAUAUUGUGUGCGCCGAAAGACCAACCACUUACGAUUAGCCACAGUAACGAGAUCUCAAGCCACACGAUCGGAAGCCUCAAAAAAAAAAAAAAAAAAAAAAAAAUACGAUAGGGGUGGGCGCUCCGCGACUGUGUCUAAUUGUACGAAAAAAAAGCGCAAGAAAGACUGCCGUUCCGUCAGUCAGUAUCGCAGAUACUCGGUGUGUGACCGCGUGGAAACGUGUUUACGAGAGAGUGAAAUGUCAUCUCGGUAUAUUUAGCCGCGACGGCCCGUCUCUUUUACAGAAUCCGCGUUCGACUACGGAUGCAAACUUCAGUGUUUCCGGAACAAUUUGCCGUUGACAAAUACCCAUUUCGGUGAAUCUAUCUCUAUUAAGUAUCCCCGUGUUAAAAAAAAAAAAAAAAAAAAAAAAAAAUGGAAAACCUAUCUUGAUAAUGUAUAUUCCAGGAAAAAGUUUCAUAUAUGCAAAUUAAUGUAAUUGUCGAGGCAAGCCGUCGCGCGCGAUAGCACCUUUUCUGCGAGAUAUUAAAACACACCUUCACACAAAUUGCGAAAAAAAAAACACCGAAUCUGUGACUGUAAAUGUGUUUAGAUAAAACCGUAACUUAACAUUUAAUAAAGUACUGUAAUAAGUUAUUAAAAUAAUACAGCCAAUAAAAAUCGAUUCCUCUCCA